AAAACAGUAUAAAUAGAAGAGUACCAAACCAUUCCUAUUAAGCGAUUUCUCUACGACAACCAAAUCAACCAAGCAUGUUCCGUCUGUUGUGCUGUCUAGCCAUCUUAUCCCUGGCCCUCGGCCUGAACUACGGUGGUUACGGUUAUGGUGGCUACAUAGGCAGCCCUUUCUACGGAAAUGGUCUCUAUGGGAACAACCUGUAUGGCAACGGUCUCUAUGGAAACAACCUGUAUGGAAGCGGUCUCUAUGGAAACAACCUUUAUGGAAUGGGUCUCUAUGGAAACAACCUCUAUGGAAUGGGUCUCUAUGGAAACAACCUUUACGGAAGAGGUUUCUAUGGAAACAGAUUAUAUGGAAGAGGUCUCUAUGGAAACUACUACAAUAAAGGAUAUGGCAGGAGCUAUUAUUGAAGUUGUCGGAGAAAAUUUCUUCAAAUAUAAAGAAGUUAAAAAAAAAAGCUGGCUUGUUGUUUUCAUUUGUACAAAGAGUAUACAUUUACAGUAAAUUCUGAAGUAUUCAUAGAAA